CCGCCUCCGCCUCCGCCUCCAGACCUGCCGCCGCCUCCGCCACCGCCGCCCUCGCCACCGCCUCCGUGGGGCUCUCCGCCUCCCGCGCACAACGCAGGUCCCCGGUCCCAGAGCAGGAGCCGCACCCGGGCGCGGAGCGCAGGAAUGGCGGACGGCGGCGGCGCGGGCGCGGGGGGCGGCGGCGGUGCGGGCCCGGCCUCGGCAGGGGCGGCGGCGGCGGCGGGCGCGGGCGGGAGUGGCGGCCCCAGCAACCCCGCCUCGCUGCCGCCCGGCGACCCGCAGCUCAUCGCGCUCAUCGUGGAGCAGCUCAAGAGCCGCGGCCUGUUUGACAGCUUCCGCCGUGACUGCCUGGCGGACGUGGACACCAAGCCAGCCUACCAAAACCUGAGACAAAAAGUGGAUAAUUUUGUGUCAACACAUCUAGACAAGCAGGAAUGGAAUCCUACGAUGAACAAGAACCAGUUACGGAACGGGCUGAGGCAGAGCGUGGUUCAGUCGGGGAUGCUGGAAGCAGGAGUAGACAGGAUUAUUUCUCAGGUGGUGGAUCCAAAACUCAACCACAUCUUCAGGCCACAGAUCGAACGAGCGAUUCAUGAGUUCUUGGCGGCCCAGAAGAAAGAAGCUGUGCCGGCGCCCCCUCCCGAGCCCGAGAGCCAGGACCCACCAGCGCCAUCCCAGGACACUUCCUAAGGUCGGUGCGCCGUCUAACCCAGGAGCCGGCGGCCCUGGCUUGCAGAAUAUUCCUGGCACCUUUUGAAAACUCCAUUUAAUUAAUGGUGAAGAAAUGAAUCCCUGUUCCAUGCAAGCAUGACUUCAUCCGGCCAAGGGCCACUGAACUCAAGAUUUCCACUUUGACUGUGGGGCAGUGUCCAGAUAGAGCAGGAACAAGUUUGGCGGUGGGAAUGCUGCAUGUGCCCCUGCUUCGGGCUGCCACUGCACCUGCUUGUUCAGGGGCACGACAUCCGGUACACACUACAGAGUAUGCGCACUACAGCCACUGGAGUGGCUCUCAGACAACUUUAUACUUGAACGUGGAGACUGCACAUGGAUUUGAGGGUUUGUGUUCUGGGAUAAACAAGCUACAGUGAAAGAACAUAGCCAGUCCCGAAGGUGACUCAGAGACUAAGGACAGCGGAGCUUAGUUGGGGAGUAGGUGGUGGACAGAGCUCAUCGGUGUCUUUCUCAGAGUUAGACUAGAAUGUACAGCCCUUAGCAUCAGUAGCCUUAAAGUCGGUUAUGACGGUCUUGUCCGUGACUCUUGUAGUCGGUUCCUCCCCUGGUCAGAGGUGACUGAAGGCGGAGGCCUGAGUGAUUGAGGAUGCUGAGACAUCAGGCACAAGAGACAUCUGCAGGUUCCCUGUCCAGCUACUUCCUGUCCUCCAAGGGCUAGUGAGCCUUGGAUAUGUUUUUUCUUUUCUCGUGUUUGUGUUUUUUAGAAAAGUGAAUUAUCAGUAAAUGGCGUUAAGUUUUGUAAUAAAAUUAUUUGAUACUCUU